AUGGUGCGGAACAACGCGGAGGCGGCGGCGGAGUUCUCGCGCGGCGGCGGCCAUGCCGUGCUGCUGCGAGCGAUGCAGACUCGCGUCGACAAGCUCCGAGUCAAGGCAGCCUUCCUCCUCGCCUCGCUGUGCGCUGACGACGACGCCGUCAAAGACACUCUGUGUGACAUGGGUAUGCCAGAGCAGCUUGCCGGACUGUUGAGAGCCGAACACGACCCGACGCACGAACACCUCACUAGCGCCCUCUUGGCGCUGGUCACCGACCACGCGCGCGCGGCCGCGGAGUGCCAGAGGGAGGAGCUGGGGCUGCGGAGGCUACUGGAGGCGCGCGUGAAGGAGCUCGCGGGCAGGGAGGAGUGUCAGGUGAGGCGCGGGGGCCAGAGGGAUCCCCCGCCAACGAAAAGAAAGCUUUCC